UUCCGCGUGAAGACAGCUUGGAUUUCUUCACUUAGUGACUUCAGCAUGGCGGAAAUAUCCGAACGAAACGAAGCAAAGAAGGAUCAAUCAACGUCUGAAGAACUGGAUGAUGUUUUCAAGAACCAUAUUUUUGAGUUUGGACGCUAUCAACAUGUUCUUUACUGGUUGACCUAUUGUCUUAUCAUACCCAGUGGAUUACAAUUUGGAUUGAUGGUGUUUGUAACGGGUACACCCACUUUUCAGUGUUCAGAUGCCAACUCUACUUGUGAGAUCAAUAAAUGCUGCAAAGACUGUACUAGCUAUGCAUUUGAACCCAAAACCUUUAACAGUAUUGUAUCAGAGUGGAACCUGAUAUGCGAUCGUGGUGGUAAGGCAGCCACCGCGCAAUCCAUAUUCAUUGGAGGAAUACUAGUUGGUUCGUUUGUUUCUGGGAUUUUUUCCGAUGUUUACGGUAGACGUCUGUGUAUUUACCUGAGCCUUGUUAUAAUGGUGAUAGGAACAGGAGCUGCUGCAGCCGCCGACUGCCUUUCUUUGUUUUCAUUCCUGAGGUUUUUUAUGGGAUUUUCUGUAGCAGGAAUCAUGCUGAGUCAAUAUGUCUAUAUACUUGAGCUUGUUGGUCCUUCAAAACGUACAAUGGCUGGCAAGUUGACUGAUUUUGGAUGGGUAGUAGGUGCUUGUUACACUGUAAUGCUGGCUUACUUUAUCAGAGAUUGGAGGAUUUUAUUAAUAGUCGCAAGCCUAUCAGCAGCAGUACUCCUCUUUACUUUCAAAGUGGUUCCAGAAACAGCUCGCUGGUUGUUGUCGCACGAUAAAAUCGACGAAGCGCAUGCUGUUCUUAUGAAGUGCGCUGACAAAAAGAAAGUAGAUCCAGAAGUCAUUCGUACAAUUCUAAAAGAUGUGCGAGAGAAUGAGAAAGUGAUUUCAAGACCGAAAGUAUCUGUUUUAGACCUCAUAAAGACAGCUAAAAUGCGCAGACGAACUUUGAUUCUUUGCUUCAAUUGGUUUGUGGUUGGAGCCGUUUAUUUUGGCUUUGUUCUCUAUGUCACCAAUCUGUCUGGAAAUAUAUAUUUGAAUUUCUUCCUGAUGUCAGUGAUUGACUUGGUGCAUACCCCCGUUGUGUGGUAUGGACUUCAAAGGUUUGGUCGGCGUGUAACUUACUUCACAAUCUUGAUGUUUGGUGGGAUUGCUUGUCUGUUGGUGCUUGUCGUACCCAAAGAGUACACUUCACUGGUUACCACGAUUGCAUUGCUGGGAAAGUUUUGUGAUACAGCAGCAUUCUCAACAAUUUAUCUUUAUACAACAGAAUUAUAUCCAACUGUGAUAAGAAAUACUGCCAUGGGAACUUCAUCUCUGUGCGCACGUGUAGGCGGGAUGAUUGCCCCGUUCAUUGUCAUGCUGGCUCAGCUUCCAGGAAUCAGUCUAACACUGCCAAUUGUUAUCUUUGGCGCUUUAAUAGUGGCUGCCGCGGUGUCGUCACUAUGGUUACCAGAAACGCUAAGAUCCAGCAUGCAUCAGACCAUCGAAGAAGAAGAAGCAGCGCCUGAAGAUUACAGCUUUCCGUGUUGUAGAAAACCACUUCCUGAAGGGAAAGAAGACUAUGAACUUCAACAGACCGCUGAAUAACUAUUCAACGCUGAAGAUAUAUAAUGUAAAGCUCCGAUGAUUUUAGCUUGUAUAAUAGUGAACAUCAACAUGUAUUAGAUUAAUUUUAUAAAUCACAAUUUUUAUACCUAUUUAAUAUUCAGUUCUUUAAUUUUUUUUUUA